AUGGAGGUUUUGUUUUUUGUUUACAACCCGAAGACAUUGACGAUGGCCACUCAAGAGCUUAUCAAUUCCAUCAGCGCUGCCUCCAAUGUGCCCACCGCAGAGCUCAAGGAGGAGGAGCGUGUAGCUCUCCUCGCCGCCUGCGCGAAACUCAAAUCGAAGUUGGAGACUCCUCGCGAGGCAACAUUCCAGUUUUUAUUUGCUCCUCAUCAAUCAGUGGCCCUUAGGUUGGCAGUGGAUAUGGGCCUGUUCGAUGCUUCUGCUAAAUUAUCCGCCGACCGUGCAGAUGUACGUCUUGAUGACCUUGCCUUUUUGGCUGGUGUGGAUCCGCUACUCGUUAGGCGCGUUAUGAGGUUCUUAGUCGGAAUGGGUAUAUUUAGUGAAAAGGGGGAAGGGGUAUAUACACCGCUGAGACUCGCGAAGCUCUAUGUCACGGCUUCUCCUUUAGCACAAGGAAUUAUUCAUAUGUUCAACGAGGUUGUUUCGGCUUUUCCCUCCUACUUUUCUUCGAAGGGCUAUAAGAACCCCGACGACGCCUACGAUGGUGUCUUCCAAUUCGCACGAAAGACAAACUUGCAUUGUUUUGACUGGCUUGCCACAAAGCCACGGCUCCAGCAUGCGUUCAACAGUGUAUUGAGCAUAUCUCGAACGGCGCAGGGCACACAUUGGUUUGAGUACUUUCCAGUCCUAACAAAACUGCAGCUGGGGUCAACUUCGGAUCCGCUCCUCGUCGACAUUGGUGGUGGAAGAGGACACGACCUCAUCGCUUUCAAAGAGCAAUAUCCAGACCUGCCAGGAGAACUGAUUCUUCAAGAUAUCCCCGCUGUCCUCAAAGAUGUGAACGAGUUGCCCGCUGGCAUACAAGCCAUGGAGCAUGAUUUCUUCUCCCCACAGCCCGUCAAACAUGCAAAGGCUUAUUACCUUUCAAACAUACUUCACGAUUGGCCUGAAACGCAGGCACUGAAGAUACUCGAACACAUCAAAAACGCGAUGGGUCCAGACUCGAUACUCCUCGUCAGCGAAAACGUCAUCCCUGAGACGGGAGUGACACUGCUUUCGGCGUCCAUAGACUUUAUGAUGAUGGCAAAUUUUUCGGCUCUAGAACGAACGAAAAAGCAGUUUGAAUCUCUGUUGGAUCGGGCUGGGUUUACGUUAGUUGGGUCGUGGGCGCCUCCGAACUUGGCCGAAGGUGAAGACAGAAGGCUCCUGGAGGCCGUGCUGACGGGGUGA